AUGCGUGUGUGGUUGCUGCAGGAUACAGCAGAGCCAAGGGCUGCUGCUGCUGUCUUUCCGCCUCCCCUGCUGCUGCCGCCGCUGCCGCCGCAGCCGGGUGAUCGUGAGCUGCUGCUGCUUCUGUACACUCACCAGCAGACGGAGAGGCAGCAGCAGCAGCAGCAACAGCAGCAGCAGCAGCAGCAGCAAACAGCAACACGACAGGAGCUGCUGCAGCCGCCAGACCUCUGGGGGCCCCCAGGGGGCCCCCCAGGGGCCCCCUGGAUGCCUCAGGGGCUGAAUAUGGAUCCCGAUAGAGAGGCGCUGCUGCAGCAGGCUGCACGCGCAAGCUGCUGCUGCUGCUGCUGCCAGUACUGUGCUGCUGCUGCAGAUGCACUGCCUGGAGGAUUUGCUCCCCUCGGCGGUUCUUCUGCUGCCAUCAGCAGCAGCAGCAGCAGCAGCAGAAACUGCAGCAGCAGCAGCAGCAGCAGCAGCAGCUCUCUUAAAGACACGCAGCAGACUGAGGUCCUUGUCUGCAAUUUUGUCCUCAAGCGGGCAGAAGCGCUGCUGUCGUUGGUUGCGCAGCAACUUGCUGCUGCUGCUGCUGCUGCUGCUGAGGUGAAUGAUGCAGACGAAGGUGCAUGCAGCAGCAACAGCAGCAGCAGCUACAGCAGCAGCAGCAGCAGACAAUUGACAACAGGACGGCCAGCGAGCGUGCAGGAUUUGGAGGGGGCAGGAGACAAAGCUGAUGCUGCGCUCAACACUGCAGCAGCAGCAGCAGCAGCAGCAGCAGCAGAAGCAGCAGCAGCAACAGCAGAAGCAGCAACAGCAGAAGAAACAGAAGCAGAAGCAGCAGCGGCAGCAGGGGGUGCUGCAGCAGGGGCAGCACGAAGUGAGCUGCUUGGACUGGAGAAGACGGAACUGGCAGCAGCAGACACAGCAGAAGCAGCAGCAGCAGAAGCAGCAGCAGCGGCAGCGGAAACAACAGCAGCAGCAGCAGCAGGAGCUGCAGCAGGAGCUGCAGCAGACGCGACAGCAGCACAAGAGACAGCAGCAGAAGCAGCAGCACCAGAAUCGGUGGCAGCAGCUGUAUCGUCAGCAGCAAAUGAAGAAGCAGCAGCAGCAUCAGCAGCAGAGAAGACACAAGCAACAUCCGCAGCAGCAGAAGAAACAGCAGCAGCAGCAGCAGCAGCAGCAGCAGCAGCAGCAGGUUUGUGUCCCGACGAAGGUGCAUGCAGCAGCAACAGCAGCAGCAGCAACAGCAGCAGCAGCAGCAGACAAUUGACAACAGGACGGCCAGCGAGCGUGCAGGAUUUGGAGGGGCCAGGAGACAAAGCUGAUGCUGCGCUCAACACUACAGCAGCAGCAGCAGCAGCAGCAGCAGAAGCAGCAGCAGCAACAGCAGAAGCAGCAACAGCAGAAGAAACAGAAGCAGAAGCAGCAGCGGCAGCAGGGGGUGCUGCAGCAGGGGCAGCACGAAGUGAGCUGCUUGGACUGGAGAAGACGGAACUGGCAGCAGCAGACACAGGAGAAGCAGCAGCAGCAGCAGCAGCAGCAGCAGCGGAAACAACAGCAGCAGCAGCAGCAGGAGCUGCAGCAGGAGCUGCAGCAGACACGAAAGCAGUGCAAGAGGCAGCAGCAGAAGCAGCAGCACCAGAAUCGGUGGCAGCAGCUGUAUCGUCAGCAGCAAAUGAAGAAGCAGCAGCAACAUCAGCAGCAGAGAAGACACACGCUCCAUCCGCAGCAGCAGAAGAUACAGCAGCAGCAGCAGCUGCUGCUGCUGCUGCAGCAGCAGCAGCAGGUUUGUGUCCCGGUAUUUAUAUAAGAUUAGAGGCGUCGCGGUUGCUGCUGGAAUUCAUCGAAGACACUGAGGUGUAUAGGCAGCUCAGCGCCAAAGUAGCGGAGCUUAGGUGGUGGCGGCAGCAGCUGCUGCUGGCCUUUAGAGAGCAGCAGCAGCAGCAGCAGCAGCAGCAGCACCAGCAGCAGCAGCAGCAACUGCUGCUGCAGCAGCAACAGCAACAGCUACAGCAGCAGCAACAGCAACAGCUGCUGCAGCAGCAACAACAGCUGCAGCUGCAGCAGCAGCAACAACAGCUGCAGCUGCAGCAGAAACAGUUGCAGCUGCAGCAGCAGCAACAACAGCUGCAGCUGCAGCAGCAACAGUUGCAGCAGCAGCAACAAGAGCUGCAGCAGCAGCAAGCGUUUCCGCAACAGCUGCAGCAGCAGCAACAGCAGCAGCAGCAGCAGCGGCAGCAGCAGCAGCAAGGCAUAUGA